GGGGAUCGAAGCAAAUGCAGACAAUGAUCUGAGUAGCUACUCAGAAGAAUUGCAUUUUUUUCCUCGGCGUUCAUUGUGAAUUGUUUACAAUCGAUAACCUAGUCACAAUACUGGAUUACAAUAAAAGAAGACAAACUAGCUGGAUAUUUUAGCUAGUCGAAUUUACCUUUUUUUUUUUUUACAAUUUGUGACUGACUAGCUAGUUAGCUAGCUAGCUGCGCAGCACACAGAAAGACCAUGGAACCAUCAGAAGAACCGGCGCCAGACUUGGGAUCCCAGGAGGUGAACCCUGUCUACCUGCAGCAGCUCCGCGAACUGGACAUUCCCGAGGAAGCUGCAAAGCAGGCCCUGUUGCACACCAGGAAUGUGUCUGCAGAGGAAGCCGCCAUGUACUACUUCAACAAGCUGGAAAACGAGGACGAAGGGGACGAGGACCAGAUGUUCAAGAUGGUGUUUGUGGUGAACAUGGAGCUGUCCAUGGGGGUGGGGAAGGUGGCAGCACAGGUGGGGCACGCUGCGGUGGGGCUGUACCAGGCUCUGCAGGAGAAGAACAGCUGGAGGGAGAUGGCCUGGAAGUGGGACCACGCUGGAGCGAAGAAGGUGGUGCUUCAGGGCACCAACGUGGCCCACCUCCUGGAGCUGCAGGCCCUGGCCAUGAGUCUCAGCCUCCCCACGUACCUGGUGCAGGAUGCUGGCCGGACUGAGGUGGAGGCCGGGUCACGCACUGUCCUGGCCAUUAUGGGAGAAGAGGAGAUGGUGAACAAUGUGACAGGGAGCCUUAAACUACUCUGAGGGCCACUGCCUUAGGUAUAAGGUUGUGCAGUACCGUGGAGUGAACAGCAGAGGGCAGCACCUGGUUAUAGCAGGAGGGUCUCGGCAGGCAAGACUGUGUUGGGGGAAGGGGGGGGGGGGGCGAAAUCAUGAGACAUGCACAGCCAUUUUUAUUCCACUCCCUCUCCGAGCCACCGACUGGAGGUGAAAUUAAAGGAAACCUGCACAAGUAAAGGGGAAGGACUGGCUCCACAGCUGAAGCACGUGGGCUGCAGCUAAUCAGCUUUGACAAAAUGUGUUACCUAAACGUAAGAAAGCAGAGACAGAAGCCAGAUUUGCUGUCAAGAAGGGAAACCAGAAUAGAGUCAUUAAAUUAGAAAGAAAUUGAGAACCAUAAUUUACUGUAUCCCGUGUUCUUUACUUAAAAUGUUAUUUCCUUUAGAAAACUGACAAACGUUAGAUAUGAGUAUACUGGUGAUUGUUGAACAAAAAGCAGUUAAUGUGAUUCAGAGAUAAACUACGUUAUGCUUUCGUUAUGCUCAUAAAAGCAUAAAAUUUGACCUCCCUGCUACUUGCCACUGUUAUGAAUUGUACAUGUGACAUUACUGUCCAAGAAACAUAUUGAGAGACAGUGACAACACAGAAAUGCUGAUUGACUGUCCUUGUAGACAUUAGUUUCUUUGCUGUACAGUACAAUCCCCACUGUCCUGUUUAAUCUUUGAGGGACUUGUUUACAUUUAUUCUGGGAAGAAGAAAAGAAAUGGGAUUCCUUCCUUCCUUUCCAAUUUCUUGGAUGUUGGGAUGCAUUCUGUUACUAAUGCCAUUUUUUUUAACUUGUGAAUCCUUAUAGAUAUUCAUGCUCUAGAACGUUCUCUCCCUGUCCGUCCUUCUGAGAUUUGUAUGUAGGACGUGUGGUCUGUCUACAGGGUUGUUUCACGGUUCAGUGACUUCUGUACAUCAUGGUAUAAGGGGGGGAGGCGUAUUUGUUUCGACAGCUACGGUUAUAAUGUGCAAACACAUGGCGCAAUAUGCAUGAACCCAUGGUGCAUACAGAAUUUAUGUUAAUAUGUCUGUACAAGCUAAGCAAGCGACAUUCUUUUACGGUUACUUUUUUUAUAGGGUUGAACUUGGGCGGGGGCACUGGGAAGGACGGUCACAUUAAAAAAAAAUCCUGUAAGAUAAAGUGCCAUUUUGACAUGUGGAACGCAAAUGAUUUUUAAAGUGUCAGAAAGUCUUACAACUGCAAAUAACUGAAAGAACAUAGUUAACUUUUCAACUGUACAUAUGGCGAUUUGAUUUGUAUGUUAAACAGAAAGAAUGAAUUGAGUAGCGUUUGUAUUUCAUUAAAUGUUUGGCUUCAA